AAGAGAAAUCCUUUAAAGUGGAGGAAGACAUAAACAGCUGAACUAAAGUUGGUACAUAAACAAAUGGGGGAUGUGUCUUUAUUUUUUAGAGACUGUUAGAUCCACGACCCUUUUGUAUUUGUAAUAUUACAUUCAAUUUCAAAUCAAACUAGCAUCUGUUAUGGCACGCUAUGAAGCUGCUUCAUCAAUUAUUGGAAACAUAAAUUUUAAAAAAGCUUUAUUUCAAUCGCCUUCUCCUGUACCAGAGAGCUCAAAAGCAGCAGCAGGACCAGAAAUUAUUCCAUCCAUGUCUCUCAUCUACAAGGUUCAGCUGGAACAAGACAUUGAUAUGAAUUUGUAUUAUAUUAAAAAAGACCUGCACAUACAGAGGCUGAAGGAGCUGAGAGAGCUAAGUGCCAGUUUACAGGAUGAUAACUGGAAGUAUGAGCCAGCUGAGAAGCUGACUGGCCUACAGUGAUGUAACUCUAGCAGCUUGUUGUGAUAUUUAGACCAGUUGCGGUCAGAACAACUGUCCAUUUGGGUGUAUGUUUAGUCAGGGCCUGCUAGCCCAGCUUUUGUGACUACACUGUACCCAGACACCAACGGCUCUUGGGGUAAAGUUAAAAUAAGGACUGGAAUAAAAGAAUCAAUUCCUUGAAUAUGAAACUGGUUUCUUGUGUAGUUACAGUAGGUGGUUAUCCAGUGGUUUUUUCAAGCUUCUAUUACAUUGUGGUUUUUAAAUGCCUGUGUUACAUUAUGUGGUUUUAAACAAGAACUUUCAAACUACCAUUAAUCAAAUUGAAUGAAAGAAACAGUGUUGAUGCGUUUGUAAAUAUAAGUGGAUGCAUUUGUAAUACAAGCUUAAUCUGCUCAUAAGCUACAACUUUAUUUAUUUGUAACAUUGGAUUGAUGCAUUUAUUUUUUAAUAAGUGGGGUUGCUCCAAUAUGUGGGACUUAAUGCAAAUAAAUUGAACUGU